GCUGUGCGCUGUUACCUGAAUGGGCUUGAGAAAGUGACAGAUACAGUGACCGCUCUGGAGAGCCUGCUGGACAUGGCCCUGGGCAAGACUUGUGUGGCAGAAAUAGUUGACAGAGAUGAGAGACUGUCUGUGAUCCUGUAUGACACAAACGAUGACAAUGAUUUGGACAUCAACAAAGCUGUCAUCAAAGCAAUCCUUGCCAAGGAUCCCCAAAACUUAACCGUAACAGAAGGAGCAGCAGCAGCAGCAUCCUUGCCACAGCCUCCUUCCACACACUCCAACUCUGUGUUCCCAAAGAGUGACAGCUCCAGUUCAAGACCCAUAACCAACAUGGCUGCCCUCAGGGACACAAACACAAUACAGACAAACAGAGAACCAGAUUUCAACCGGACGUUGAGCACAACAAGUGCAGAUUCAUGGGGAACAGAAGAGGAAGCUGAGGCUCUGGCUGCAAGCUACAUGGGCUCACACACCAGCUCCAGCUGGGAGAGCAGUGAUAUGGCCAGCCCUGACACUCCUGCAGCCACAACUCAGGGCAAGGCUGGGGACACUGCCGUUGUACAGAGACUGGGUGGUCUGACACUAGGGGAGAGGACCAAGACGAGUAGUAGUUCUCCCACUGCUGUGGUUAACAGUGAACAGUCUAGGAACAGUAAUGGCACAGUGAAGUCUGAGCCCACACUUCCAUCUAGUCAUGGGGGGUUAAACAAGGCGUUUGUCAGGAGAAAAAUGCCUCAGCCCGAGUUGGUGGAUAUUCCUGGUGUUGGAGAGUUCUUUGAUGUCCAUGUUUUGUGGGUGUCCGAUCCAACUAAUUUCUGGUGUACGCCGUACAAGAUGGUGUUAUGUCUCGAGAAUAUGAUGAAGGAUCUCAAUACACACUUCAACUCUCACACUAAGCGUGUUGUGCUGGAAGAGAAGGAUUUGACUGCAGGGAUGCUGAUGGCUGGCUGCCUGGAGGGAGCAUGGUACCGGGUCAUCAUAAAGAAUAUCAUAGAGCAUCAGAUGUCCGUGUACUUCCCUGACUAUGGGCAGUACAACAUCCUGGGGAUUGAGGAUCUGCAACCGUUACCAGAACAGUUUUAUGCACUGCCGCUAUGUGCAGUCAAAGCCAAGUUGCACGAUAUCAGCCAAGACGAUAGAUCAGCACACAAAGGUAUCAACUUUGUGAGGAUCAACAAACCCUGGUCUGAGGCGGCCAAGUACAAGUUCAUGGAGAUGGCCCAGGGACGGGACUUUGUGUGCUUGGUGUGUGACAAGAACAAGAGCUCUGGCAUGGUGUCUGUGAAGCUGGUGGACACGUCCAGUGACCAGGAAGAUGUCCUCAUCGACGAAGUGCUGAUUGAUAUGAAUUUUGCACGGAGUUUGGACUCAUGAUGAAACUGUACAAUCUGCAAACAUGAUAAUGGUAGUUCACGGAUGGCUUGAGCAUAGCAUGGAAAGCUUUGAGGUCUGUGUGUGGAAUCCUUUCUAAGCAAUUUUUGCCAUUGUAAUUGAACUUCUUAUUGGUGUGACUGAGUGGAUUGUCAGCAACACAUACUCUUGUAAUGAUUGUAUUUGAAUUCCAUGCUAUUGAAUCCAUAAUGUAGUUGAAGUAUAGCCAAUGUAUUAAUCUGUAUGCAUGAGCAGUGUGUAAACCUCAAUAAUACAUUGUUUUAAAACAUUCACAUAGUCACACUGUAUCCAAUACAUGUAUUCAAGUUUAUUCGAUCCCACACAGCAUUAGGUCUGUCACUGU